AUCAUACCGCCAUACCACACCACACUAGACACCAGCGCCAGGGUAGUCUAUAAGUUGCAACUAGUUUGACUGGUGCAGGGCCUCAUUAAAACUACAAAUCUUAUAGAAUUAUCACCCCACAAUGUCUUCCUCAAUCCUCACUUCAAACGCGACGCUCGUCAACAUUGGCACUCAUUCCCUCGCCCUCUAUGCCCAUGGCCCAGAACCGAGCAGCUCGAAAGAUCCCGUCGUCCUAUUCGUAUCGGGCGUAGCAAGCUCCAGUCUCAACUGGGCAGCCGUAGUACGGCUACUUCCUCCUUCGUUGCGAAGCUACACCUACGACCGUUCCGGCUAUCGCAACUCCGGGCCCUCACCGCUCGAGCCCACAGCCGAGAAUAUUGCUCUGGAGCUUUCUCUCCUAAUUAAAAAGGCUCCCAUCCUGAACCCUCUGAUCAUUGUGGGACAUUCCUGGGCUGGUGUGCUUAUCAACGAAUUCAUCGCCCUUACAGGGAACGGCCCACAUAUCGCUGGCCUGGUGCUCGUCGAUGCGAACUACGAGACUAUGCCAGAGGUGCUGAAUGUAAAUGAUCCAAUUCUUGGGGUCAUUGCCGAGGGGGUCCACCCAUACACUGGUAGGGGCAUUGACACUGAGCAUAAAUUGACGCAGGAAGAGUGGGAUGCGUUUAACAGCGACCAAUUUUCGGAGAAAUGUAUGUUGAUUGGGGAGAAGGAGGAUGGUGAGCAUUACCUACCAAGUUUUGAGACGUUGCGGAAGAAGGAGCUACGUAAGAGGCAGCCACUGGUUGGAGAUAAGCCAGUUUAUGUUAUUGGGGGUAUGCGGAGUAGGGAUUGGAGUGGGUUGUAUAAGGCGGGUGUUGAGAAGGGGAAUGGAACUGAAGAGCAGAGAAGCCAUGUUAGGGAGUUGAUUCGGACGGCUGAUGAGAAGUCUGAAGGUCUUAUGAAGGAAUUUCUGAAGCUGUCUACAAAGAGCAUGCUUGUGUUUGCCCGUGAGAGUGGACACUUUGUCCAGUUAACUCAGCCGGAUGUUGUUGUUGAUGGUGUAAAAUGGGUCCUAGAUAACUUUCAAACAUCUCCUUAGAUGGGGAUGCCAAAUAGCGAACGCUUUAUAUUAAGACGUAUCAUUCAUGGAUAUCUAGGGAAUCAUUG